UCCAUUAAAAUACUCCUAAAAUAAUAAAAAAAAUCCUCCCUUCUCUCUCUCUCUCUCUCUCUCUCUCACAGUGCGUGUUAAAGGCCGAGAAGCUCUUCCUCCACUACUCUUCUCUUCUCUCCUCUCUCCUUUCUGCGAUUCCUUCUCGCCUCUCUCUCUCUCUUCUUUUCUCUUUAUGUCGAGGUCGACUAGUCGAUCGAGGCGUCCUCCGUGUCUUUAGUGUCUGUACGAGGGUUUUGGUUUUCGACCGGAUUGGAGCGGGGUGUGGUGAGGAAGCGCCGGGGAAGGAGGUCGGUGUUGUCAAAAAUGAUGGUUUUUUGAGGUUUUUGGAUGAUUUUGCGGGAUUUGAGCUUGGCUUGAAGCGGAUUUCGAGGUUGGGGAGUUGCUGGUGGGGGAAUUUGGUGGUUGAGUGGGGGAUCGAGGGAAAUCCCGUGGUUUUCUUUGUUUUUUGGGACUGUUAUUUGGGGAUUGUCGGUGCUGUGGUUGCUGGAUUCGGGAGAUUCUGUAUCUGUGGGAAUUCGCGGGGUUUGGCGAGGGGAUGCCGAAUCUCUUGAUGGGAAACCUAGAGAUUUGGUGUUUUGAGAGGGAAAGGAGGGAACUUGGAGAUGAAAUGGUCGAGUUCCUAGCAUCGUCUUUGUGAUUUUAGUGGCUAAUUGUUCUGGAAUCGGAGAACCGUGAGGUCUGAGGUUGAAAUCAGUGGAGUUUUGGGAGGAAUUCUGCGAUCUCUGCGACGGCGACGGCGUCGCCUUUCUGGUACUCCGUUCUCGGUAAGCCCGGAGGACCUUUGCCGGGUUUCGACCGGGAAGCGGGGCGGGAGAGAUUCUUUUCCAUCUGAGGAGGGGUGACUUUAUGCUCGAGCUUUAGCCAGAUAAAGAUCGAGGCUUCCGUUUCGAAAAGGGGAGGAAGUCGGUGCCGGGGGCGGGUUUCUAGGGUUCGCUUUCGAGGGAGUAAAAGGGACAAGUGGCAGCAGUAGCCCUCAGAUGCCAUUUUAGGCCUUCUUUGGCCUCAUCUUAGGGUUCGUAGGGGUGGUAGUUGGAGCCCAGUUGCAGUUAAUGCGUAUUAGUGGGGCUUUUAUGAGCAUUUAAGCUGGCCCGAAGGCGAAACCGAAGGGUUCUUUUCCUUUUGUUUAACUCCUGCAGUCUGAUCCGUUGCUCUGGGAGAGAGGUGUCUGGUGAGAUGGGGUAGCAAAGUUGGAAGCUUUGGCUGAUUUUGUUUGAUAUUUUCUUCAGUAAAUUUUGGUUCUUGUUGAUCCAAGUGUUGGAAGAGAUCUAGCAAAAUCUCAUGGCGCUCGCACCGCCGCGCAGUUCAGCCGGAGGACUCCCCUGCUCAGGGCCCUCUGGAGAUGCGCUGUACAGGGAACUCUGGCAUGCUUGUGCCGGACCUCUUGUUACUGUGCCUCGUGAACGAGAGCGAGUCUAUUACUUUCCUCAAGGUCAUAUGGAACAGCUAGAGGCAUCGACGAAUCAAGGACUUGACCAGCAUAUGCCCUUGUUCAAUCUACCAUCAAAGAUCCUUUGCAGGGUGGUCCAUGUUCAACUUCGAGCUGAACCAGACACUGAUGAAGUAUAUGCACAGAUUACUCUGCUACCUGAACCAGAUCAAAGUGAGAUCACAAGCCCAGAUCCUCCGCUACCUGAGCUGGAAAGGUGCGCAGUCCAUUCCUUUUGUAAGACACUAACUGCUUCAGAUACAAGUACACAUGGAGGGUUCUCCGUCCUAAGGAGGCAUGCGGAUGAAUGCCUGCCUCCUCUGGAUAUGUCGCAGCAUCCACCUUGGCAAGAAUUGGUUGCCAAAGAUCUGCAUGGGACUGAAUGGCAUUUCCGUCACAUUUUUCGAGGGCAACCAAGGCGGCACCUGCUUACGACUGGAUGGAGCAUUUUUGUCAGCUCGAAGAGAUUGGUAGCUGGUGAUGCGUUUAUCUUUUUAAGAGGAGAGAAUGGUGAGUUGCGGGUUGGAGUAAGGAGGCUUAUGAGACAACUCAAUAACAUGCCAUCAUCUGUCAUUUCCAGUCACAGCAUGCAUCUUGGAGUUCUGGCUACUGCCUCUCAUGCUAUCUCUACGGGGACUCUUUUUUCUGUCUUUUAUAAGCCAAGAACUAGUCGAUCCGAGUUUAUCAUCAGUGUCAACAAGUACCUUGAAGCUAAGAAUCAUAAAUUGUCUGUCGGGAUGAGGUUCAAGAUGAGAUUUGAGGGUGAUGAAGCUCCUGAAAGAAGCUUUAGCGGUACUAUAAUUGGUGUGGGGGACUCAACACAAUCUAGGUGGGCAGAUUCAGAAUGGAGAUCUUUGAAGGUCCAAUGGGAUGAACCUUCAUCUAUUCCACGCCCAGAUAGAGUUUCACCAUGGGAAUUAGAGCCACUUGUUGCAUCUACUCCUCAAGCAUCUCAUCAAACAGCGAGACAUAAACGUGCACGGCCAUUAGCUUCAACUACCAUUAUGCCCGACAUUUCUCCAGCGUUUGGUUUGUGGAAAUCCCCAGUUGAGUCUACCCAAACUUUCUCAUUUUCAGGGUUACAACGGGGGCGAGAACUUUAUCCAUCAUCCAGCUUGUUCUCAUCAACAUCAAAGCCUGUCUCCAUCGUUUUUCAUGGAAACACGGGGCCAUCGGCUGUUACCGGCAGGUCUGAAUACUGGCCAGUUAGGGCAGAUACACAAACCGAGUCCUUCUCAGCAAGCGUCAAUAGGGAACCAUGUGAAAAGAAGCAGGAUACUGGCACUGGCUGCAGGUUAUUUGGGAUCCAAUUAAUAGAAGGAUCCGCUGUAGAGGAAACUUCACUGCUGGCAAAUGUUUCUGCCGGCAUUGGUGAGGAUCAGCCAGUAACAUCUGUGGAUGCGGAUUCUGAUCGGCACUCUCAGCCAUCGAACAUCAACAGGUCUGAUGCCCCUGCAGUCAGUAGUGAGCCAGAGAAGUCAUGCCUCAGAUCACCCCAAGAGACUCAAAGUCGGCAACUGAGGAGCUGCACCAAGGUUCACAUGCAAGGUAUGGCAGUUGGGAGGGCAGUGGAUUUAACGAGAUUAGAUGGAUAUGAUGAGCUUCUCCAAAAGCUGGAAGAGAUGUUCAGCAUCAAGGGAGAGCUCACAGGUGCAGUCAAGAAAUGGCAGGUUGUCUAUACUGAUGAUGAAGACGACAUGAUGCUGGUUGGCGAUGACCCAUGGCACGAGUUUUGCAGCAUGGUGAGGAAAAUUUAUAUUUACACAUACGAGGAGGCGAAGAGGCUGUCACCCAAGGCAAAAUUGCCGGUCAUCGGCGAGGCGGCCAAGCCUGGAUCGAAGAAAUCUUCAUCCGAUGCUGAUACUCCACCGAACAGACCGGAAGAGCAGGUUGUUGCUGUCAAGGAGUGCUGACCAUUUAGGAGAAUAGAAUUGCCCAUGAAGCUUUUGUUUGGUUUUUUAGUUCAAGCCUUGGCCAUUAGCCUGUGGCCCGGCAUGGGCCCUGUUUUGUUUUGUGCCAUGGCUGGCGUUGCCCUUGGUGCCAUGUGUCGUGUCUGGAAUGGCGGCAAGGAAAAGACUGGAUAGGAACGGUGAGUUGGCUACCGUCGGUACUGUUUUGGCAGUAUCAUCUUUUUGCGAGCCCUGUGCACUUGGAGGCCGGCAGGCUACUGGAGAAGAGAUGGGCUCUUGUCUGAUCUGUGUGGGGAAAGGGUAUUAUAUUGUAAUAGGUGGUGAUAAAGUUUACACUCUCUUUCUUUCUUUAUUUCUUUAACCAGGAGUAAAUAGGAUAUAUGUCUAUACCUUUACACGCUGCAGCAUUGCUUAAUGUUUUGUGCCGGUUUAUUUUGGGUGGCAGGAUUGUUGUUCGCGUUUCUCCUUUGUUACAUCAUAUGCUCUUUAUCUUUUGUUGGGAAAGGAAUUAUGUACAAAUUCUGGGUAUAGUUUUGUGUUUUAUUUUGUUUGUUUUGCUGCUGUCCCUGUUUGACUGUUAGUAUCAACUUUUCGGCAGUGGUGCUUCCACCCCUGCCUCCCAAGAGAGAUUUUGUGGAA